UCGCCUAUGGCCAAACAGGAAGUGGGAAGACCUUUACUAUCACAGGAGGUGCAGAGCGCUACAGUGAUCGAGGGAUCAUCCCCAGAACUCUCUCAUACUUGUAUCAGUAUUUUAGCAAGGACUGCAACAUGGUCUAUACAACCCAGAUAUCCUACCUGGAAAUCUACAAUGAGGCUGGCUAUGAUUUAUUGAAUCCCCAACAUGAAGCUUCUCGUCUGGAGGACUUACCGAGGGUAACCAUCAUGGAAGACUCAGACCAGAAUAUUCAUAUCAAGAACCUGUCAUUGCAGCAAUCAGCUAAUGAAGAGGAGGCUUUGGAUUUGCUUUUUUUAGGGGACACUAAUCGUAUGAUUGCAGAGACUCCUAUGAACCAGGCCUCCACACGCUCUCACUGCAUCUUUACCAUUCAUCUGUGCAGCAGGGAGCCAGGUUCAGCCACAGUGCGACGCUCCAAGCUUCAUCUGGUAGAUCUAGCUGGGUCGGAAAGAGUCGGAAAAACGGGUGUGGGGGGACAGAUUCUAACAGAAGCCAAAUACAUUAACCUGUCACUGCACUAUUUGGAGCAGGUCAUCAUAGCUUUGUCAGAGAAGAAUCGGUCCCACAUCCCUUACCGCAACUCCAUGAUGACCUCUGUACUCAGGGACAGUUUGGGUGGCAACUGCAUGACCACCAUGAUAGCUACUGUGUCUGUGGAGAAGAGGAACAUUGAUGAGUCUAUAUCCACUUGUCGGUUUGCUCAAAGAGUGGCUUUGAUUAAAAAUGAUGCUUUGCUCAAUGAAGAAUUAGACCCUGCAGUGUUGAUUGUUCGAUUGAAGAAGGAGAUUCAGUCUUUGAAGGAAGAGCUUGCUCUGGUGACUGGAGAGCAACGAAGUGAUGAGCUAACUCAAGAAGAAAUCCAGAAGGUGGAGGACAACAUAAGGGUGUUUAUGGAAGACCCUGAUUCCGAGGCAACAUUAGACGUGGGACCUGAUAUGAGGAAAAUCAACCUUUGUUUCUCGUUGCUUAAGGCAAGAUUACAAGAUAGACCCAUUGCUCAAAAUAGGGCAGAUGAUGGCAGCAGUACUCCUUUCACAGGCUUGUCUGAUGAAGAAGACAGUCAAACACAAGUCAAGAAACUGAGAGACAUGUUAAUCCAGCGUGAUAAUGAGAUUAGUAUAUUAGUGAGCAUGCUUAAGAGGGAAAAGAGGAAACUUCAAGAUGUCACUUCUGAGCUAAAACAGUUUCACAAUCAAAACAGUUCAUCAUUAUCAUUUCUAACCCCAGAGGCUGAGGAGAGUACACAAAAUGACACCCAUAAGGAUUACACACGUGCUCAGCAUUUGAUGACCAGAAAAAGAGUGCCAGAGAUGUCUGUGGGUCAACAGGAGGCAUUUGAAGUCUUUUUGGGAGACCAUGAAGACCAUUUAACAAUUGAAGACAACAAGACUGUGCUGAAACAAAGGUUUGCAGAAGCCAAGGCACUUGGCGAGCAAGUCAACCAGAUCAGGAUCCGAGUCAAUGAGCUGAAGAUGAAGUUGAAAAUGAGACGAAUGCAGGUGGCAGUCCAAGGUCUAACCGGCAACCAAACAGAAUCAGAUUCAGACCCUGUGGAGGAAAGAAUCCUUAAUCAGAUAGAGGAAGAAAAGAAAAGAUACAAAAUCACAUUUGGACGUCUAAAAGGCCUUAAAACUGAGAUUGAACAUUUACAGCUAUUACGUGAAAAGUCAAAAGUGAAACUGCAAAGGGAUUUCGAGUAUUGGUGGACCCAGGAGGCCACGAGACUGCAGGCUCAUAGUGCAGAGGACAAAGUAGCCAGUCAAAAUCACACCAGCUGCAUGUUAACCUGGAACUUUGUGUCAGCUUACCCUGUCCUUGAAACCAAUGAACCCAUUUCUAUGCCCACAAAGGAAUUAAGAGCAUCACCUUCAGCAGACGACACAUCUACCUCCAUACCUCUAACUGGAGACAAACAGACUGAUGCAGAUAUACUUUCCUUUGUCAGAGCCAGACACAACCUGCUCAACCGGACAGGUGAUAGUCGAGGCCCGGGAAAGCAGAGUAAAUCCCUCAGGAAAUUCUACCAACCCCAGCAACUGGGACUUUAGCAGUUCAUUCUUCUUUGCUGGGACAGUUGUCACCACAGUUGGUUCUAACCCAAACAAGCACUACAUCACAAUAUACCGCAGUCUAGCAAGUGUGUGGCUCAUCCUUGGACUGGGCUGGCUUGCUGCUCUUCUCAAUUUAGG